AUGUCAGUCCACGUACAGAUUCAGUGCUGCUCUCUGCUCCUCUGGUGGUUUUACCCUGUCCUCGGCUCCCUCAGAGCACCAGACUAUCACCUCGAUAAUGUCUUAAGCAUCAUCGAGGAGUUCGAAGGCCUCGACCCAGCGUUGACUAUUCUCGACGUGGCCACUGGCCUAGGGGGACUGCGGACCUCUGACCAGGAUUACCGCCAUCUUCUUCUCGGUGAUGGCCCAGCCCCUCCCGCUUCUCUGCCACCUCUCUCCGAAGACCAGCUGUCUUUUAUGAGAGACGUCAUGAACCACAGAGCCAGCCCUCCAGCUGAGCGCGGUGUGGUCCUCACUCCGGACGGGACCACCAUCGCUUUGGCCAACCUGAUGGCGGGGAUAGAAGCCGGACUGAGAAGGAAGAAGGACUGCUCUUGGCCGGAGGUGGCUGGGGACGUCCCGGUCGAUAACCUUUACGCUCUGACGUUAGCCAAAGAUCUCGGCUUAGCAAUCGUGGCCCACCACUCAAACAGCAGCCAGAUGUUACUGGGACCCAAUGGCUGCUGGAACAGUGUGAUUUCUCCUCAGGUUUUCACUGGGCUGGGUCCCUUGUCUCUCGCCACAGAUGCUGUGAUGAAUGGAGGCAUGGAUGGCUUCAUCCUGGGACACCUCCUAACUCAGUUCCAAGGCCCACCAUUGCCCAAGCUCAGUGCUGUGCUGAGGGAUUACUAUGGCGAGACCCAGGGGCAGAUAGGCCUCAAGGCCAAUACGCGGCGAAAGAACUUUCAAUCAAAAGUUGACCUCAAUUCUUUCACCAAUCAGGUUAUAAGUGCGGUUUAUCUAUACGACUACAUCAGGAAUGGUUCAAUUCUCCAACACCUCAACGACAGCGUCCUUAGAAGAAUUUCCAACCAAGGAGUUAAACAGUUUCAUCAUCACUAUCUUGAAUGUCCCGCCAUUAUCCCUCGGUGCCUGUGGGCUGCCAGACCGUACAAAGGCUCUCCGGUGAUGCUCGCGCUUCCCCUGCACUUUGUCUACAUCCACCACACCUACAUACCCAGCCGGCCCUGCACCACCUUCCGCCAUUGUGCAGCGAACAUGAGGAGCAUGCAACGCUUCCACCAGGACGAUCGGCAAUGGGACGACAUCGGCUACAACUUUGUUGCAGGCUCUGAUGGAUACAUCUAUGAAGGACGUGGAUGGUUCUGGCAGGGCGCUCACACCAAAGGGCAGAACUCAAGGGGGUAUGGAGUCAGUUUUAUCGGUAACUACACCUCCGAGCUCCCAGACCAGACAGCAAUGGAACUAGUCAAGGAAACGUUCAUGAGGUGCGCUGUUGCUAACAACAGAAUCGUCAGUGAUUACGCUGUUCAGGGCCAUCGGCAACACAGACCAACCCUGUGUCCGGGGGAAAGACUCUUCAACGAAAUCGAGACCUGGGAGGCAUUCAGGGAUAAUGUUGGCCUUUCUUUCAGUAGGAAAAACUUCAGUCCCUCCUUACAGCCUCCGAACCACAGAGAGGUUAAUUCCGGGACGUGCAUGUGUCCCACACUGGGGGAGUCCAGAGACUUUGGGAAAGCUCAUGGGUUUGAAGGCGUAGGUGAGAAUGGUCGAACUGAAAUAUCGGUCAGCGUAGGAACCAAUACUGGCCAGCCGGGUGAACGUGGCUCCGCGGGGAGCAGAGUAUCGGAUGUGCCUCGGAAGGCGGACAGUGGGAAAUUGGGUGGUGGUAAACCAGGGGAAACAGACUCGAAUGGUAGGUUCAGAGGUGUCGAGGGCAUCGAUGAGAGUCGAGGUGUUACUGGGGAGAGCGACACUUUGCUCUAG